CCGCGCCCUCCGCUCGCUCCCGCCUGGCUUUGUGUGCGGAGACUCGUGCGGCGGCGGCGGCGGAGAGGGAGAGGCGGAGCCCGGAGCCAUGGAGGAGCUGAGCGCGGUGGGCGAGCAGGUGUUCGCGGCCGAGUGUAUCCUGAGCAAGCGGCUCCGCAAGGUAAACCCCCCCCCGGCCCCAACCGGCCCGCCCGGACACCCCCCGGCCCCCCCACUCCUCCUCCCCGGCCCCAACCUACCCCGGACCGGCCCGGCCGGACACCCCCCUCCCCGGCCGAGUGUAUCCUGAGCAAGCGGCUCCGUAAGGUAACCCCGGUCCCCGGCCCGCCUGGACACCCCCCGGCCCCAACCUACCCCGACCCUGGCCGGUCACCCCCUCCACCCCCGGCCCCCCGUUACUCUCAGUGACCCUCUCUCUCUCUCUCUCUCUCUCUCUCUCUCUCUCUCCCGCAGGGCAGCGCCGAGUACCUGGUCAAAUGGAGAGGCUGGUCCUCCAAGUGAGUCCGGACUACCGAAUUACCGGACUACCGACCGAAUUAACCACCGAAUUACCGGACUACCGACCGAAUUAACCACCGAAUUACCGGACUACCUACCGACCGAAUUACCAACCGAUCGGACUACCGACCGAAUUAACCACCGAAUUACCGGAAGACCGACCGACCUCACACCCACCGCACAGCUCGUAUCCUGCACCCACUUACUUCCAGCUCAUCUUAUCUCAUCCUGUGCCCACCGAUCUACCUGUCCUCCUCCGUCUUACCACCACCUGUAUUACAGCCUGCCCCCCCUCUCCCUCCCAGCCUGCCCCUACCACAUCCUGCCAGCCUUCCCUCCUGCCAGCCUGCCCCAGCCUCCUGCCAGCCGCCCCCCUACAGCCUCCUGCCAGCCUGCCCCCCUACCUCCUGCCAGCUUGCCCCUACCAUCCUGCUUGCCCCCUACCACAUCCUGCCAGCUUGCCCCCCUCUCCCUGCCACCCUGCCCCCACACAUCUGCCAGCUUGCCCUCUCCUGCCAGCCUGCCCCUACCACAUUCUGCCAGCUUCCUCUCCCUACCAGCCUGCUCCACCGCCUCCUUCCUGCCUGCCCCACCGCCUCCUGCCUGCCCCCCGCCUCCUGCCAGCCUGCCCUACGCCUCCUGCCAGCCUGCCCCCCGCCUCCUGCCAGCCUGCCCCACGCCUCCUGCCUGCCCCCCCCGCCUCCUGCCAGCCUGCCCCCCCGCCUCCUGCCAGCCUGCCCCCCCACACGCCUCCUGCCAGCCUGCCCCCCGCCUCCUGCCAGCCUCCCUGCCCCUGCCCCGCCUCCUGCCAGCCUGCCCCCCCCGCCUCCUGCCAGCCUGCCCCCCCGCCUCCUGCCAGCCUGCCCCCCGCCUGCCUGCCAGCCUGCCCCACCGCCUCCUGCCAGCCUGCCCCCCCACCGCCUCCUGCCAGCCUGCCCCCCACCGCCUCCUGCCAGCCUACACUUUAAGUGUUCUUGCAUAGCAAGACCACUUAAUGUUAUCUCACAUAUAUAUUCUUAUUAUAGCCAAAUUUGCCACCCUAACUCCUCCCACAGUUUUUACACUACAUAGACAAAAAUUUGCCAAAACCUGCAGAUUGUUCCCGAUCGGAUUGCUAUUACUUUGUGGAACGUUUCGUCGAAUGGUUCACGGAAUAUAGUCGUUCUUGUGGCAAAAUUUGUCCCAUAGGAAUGAAUGGCAAAGCUAGAGUGGGAGCUGGCAAAAGCUGAAAAAUCAGGACAUGAUUUCUAAACUGCCACCACUCCCUUAUUUUCAGGCCCACCUACACAAAUCUUAUAUCAAAGCGUUCAGCUAUCCCUGCUGCCACUAAACAUGUCAACGGCUAAGCCAUAGUCCUGAUAGUUUUCACAAUAUAAUCAUUUGUUUGCAACUAACGCCGUCCAUUGACAUUCAUUGAAACUUCACUCUACAAAGCUCAAAUUUGAAGUGCAAUUUCUAAACUGCGACUGUGCCUUCAAUUUUAAUACUUCAGAGACAUACUAUGCAUCAAAAUGUAGGUCUGGGUCUUGUGAUUCUCACAAUAUAAAGCUCUUCGCUGUAGGAGUUAUAGUUUUUAAAAUACGACCGUUUGAAGAUGGCAACCGCCAAAAUACUCUGACCUGUGCCAGGCUGCGGCAGCAAGUGAUGUCAUAGACAGGGCCUUUUGAACACCUGCUAAUGUUUUUAUAAAUGUAUGGUUUAAUGUAACUGUGCAACAACGUUGCAAUUAAAUGUGCUAUAUAAAUGAUAACAGUUACUCCGCCCACUCCAGUUGUAGACUACUGGUGGAGGCAAGAACACUUCACACAAUUUCCCCAGAAAUUGUAGCUUUUCUAGUUUUUAAAUAUAUUCUCCUAUUGCCAUGAGCCGCCUUCCUUUCUCCAAAACAUUUCACUUUAUCCAUUUAAACAGGAGCAACUCCCCCGUCAACCAAUAUAAACAUAAGCAGCUGUACUGUUAGCCAUGUAAAUACAGACUGCUACUUGGUAUCCCAUGUAAACAGGCGGCUCGGUAUCCCGUGUAACCGGGGCAGCCUUUUGUUAUCCCGUGUAAACAGGGGCGGCCUUUUGUUAUCCCAUGUAAACAGGGGCAGCUCAUUGGUGUCCCCCCGUAAACGGGGGCGGCUCGUUGGUGCCCCCCAUAACGUUAUAAAAAGCUUCUGUUUCCCGUGUCAUCUCCCCUUUAUUCCAUUGUCCCAUGUAAAUAUAAACAUGGUGCCUGUCUCCCAUGUAAAUGUCAUUUUAUUUUCUCACACAUGUGUGAGCCACCCCACAUUCUUUCAGGAAUUGGUGAGCUGCUUCUGUCAUGUAAUCCCGCCUGUAUCCUAUGAUGUGUCUCAUUCUCUCUCGCUGUAUUUAAACAUAGAAGUCCUCCCCUCAUUGUUACCCCACCCUGUGCCCAGACCACCUAUCUCCUUCACUGCGCUAUUACCUGCCAUCAAGCUUUGCUCCUCUCCUGCACCUCAUCCUAAUUCCAUCCAUCCUCUCUCUGUAACUCCCACAUGGGUGCCGAGUUUAUCUUCCAGACACACACUGCUAAUUACAUUGUAAUCCUAUAGCCCAUUUGCACAGUUGUGUCCCAUCGUCUCUGGGGGGGUUAUUGUAUUCAGAAAAAGCACUUCUGCCGCUGUUUUUAGUUCUUUAGUGUGUUUUGUGUAACAUAACACAAUAUUAUUCAAUCCCAAGGAUAUUUAACAGGUAUCUUCGGUCACCAUAAGAUGCUCCCCGGCCCCUUAACAUCUCACAACAAACCGAAACCUCCUCCCCACCACCUAAUCUAUGUAUAAUUUAUCACCUGUAUUUAUUAUUUAGAAAGCUCCUUGUUUCACAGCAGCCAGUAAGUAAUGUCCCUGCCUCCCAGAUGACCCACAAUCACCACUCACAGCAUCCUCUGUUACUCUAUCAGGCAUAAACAAGUGUCAGCUGUUAGGAUCCUACAUCUUGCCUGAUGACUGGAAAAGGAUCAUGGGACAUGUAGUUUUACAGCUGAUGCAUCACAGGAUAUUUACAAUUGAUUCUGGUCCCUCAGACUUCAAACUUCCAUACCCACUUUAUCUUUGUUUUGUGGGAGGAUGGGGCGCAGUGUGGCAAAGUGAUCAAAUUUGUGAUUUAAGUUCUGCUCGUUCCAGGCACAACAGCUGGGAGCCGGAGGAGAAUAUUUUGGACCCACGGCUGCUCUUGGCUUUCCAGAAAAGGUAGGAAUUCUGGAUAUUAUUAUUUCCAGACAUUAUAAUGCAUCUCCAAUGCACUGUCUGAUCUGUGUUUCUAGUGAUGUUACCGAAAGGCCAUUGCCUGCAUUCCUGCUCGUAUUAUUUGGCUGCAGUAGGAAUCCGGUUACAGUCUGGCAUUAGGGAAUUGUGUGCAUUUGAUGUGACCUCUCGUAUCUCUAUUGACAGGGAGCAGGAAAAGGAGCUGCGAAACAGAAAGAGGGGUAAAAGACCAAGAGGACGUCCACGUAAAAACGUGGUAAGAUUCAUUUAGGGAAUCUCCUUUUGUCUCUUCAUUUUGGAUAUUGAUUAUAAUUUAGGGCCUGAAAAUAUUAAAGAAUCUUGCCUUACACUCAUCCGGGUUUUUUUUACAAGUUUACUUUAAAUCUGCCAUUUUUUAGGAUAUUGUUUUUUUUACUUCUAUAGUAUUAGCUUAGUAUUAACUCAGCCCCUCACCACUGGUGUAUUGAAAUUUAGCCCUAGUGGGAAUUGUAGUCCAACUGCCUCCAAGUACCCAAAGUAAGCAGAUUAUUUAUUCGAGUCUUCUGGGCCAAAAUCUCUGCUGGUGAGGCUGAGUGCCACGUCCGAUACCUGGAUCUGAGCAAGCACUGAUUAGUACAGCUUGCACUGUAGAGCAAAUCAGGACUCGAGGUACUCUAAGCAUUAUGAUCUCUAUAGCUUACUAUAGUAAUUAUGUUGCAAGCAGCCUUUAUUUUUUAUUAUUCCCUCCUCCAAACCCCCCAUCCCAUCUUAAAGUGUGGCGUUCCUGACAACUAAAGGCUAAUAAACCAUUUUCCAUUUUGAUACUGCAGAGGUGAAUGUAAAUUUAAAUUUCAUUCAUUAAAAGCAUACAGCUUUAUUUACUAAAGUGUCCGCUUUUGAGUUCAUAGUCAGUUUUCGAAUUUUAGGCUUGAAUAGGUGACCUUAAAACACUGCUGACUUGAAGAACUUUUCCAUUUCAGGUAUUGUGCCCUAAAAUGUAACAAAGACAAACCAGACUGGCAACAUGUAGGCAAAAUGAUCCCAGCUGUGACUGUAGGUCAGUUAGAGAAUAUUAAAUAAACUGUGAAUUCAGUUCACUGUGUGCAAAGUUUAGAUUCUCUGUGUUCCAAGUUUAGAACCUUGAGGAAUUACUCUGAUAAUGCAGACAUACCUGUGGAAUGCUAGCAAAUCCAUUCUUUCAAUUUUAUUCACAAAUUAAUCAUUUUUGGCAUAUCCGUCUUUACUUCUAGAGGUAUGACACCAACGCAUUGUCUCUGCCAUUACUAGAUGCUAGCUUAACCUGUUCUGUCAUUUAGCAGCAGCUAGGAAGAUGCCUUCGUAAUAAUUCCAUAGCACUUUGGUGUUCUGCUUCCUAAACAAAGGUAUUAAUUCUCUUCCUACACCCGCCUGUCGGUUCCUUCCUACACCCACCUGUCGGCUCCUCCUUUCACCUGCCUUUUUUUAUUUAUAUUUGGUUCAUUUACUAAACUCCCUACUGCAGCAAAUUACAGUCCAUACAAUAAAAUGUAGGACAAAAUAUCAAAACAGACUACAGCUGAGCUGGGUAAUUUUUCCUGAACUCACCUUGGAUCUAUACAUUUUCGAGUUCAGUGAAUACCCCCAACUGUGACUAGUAACUGGUUUUAAAUAGACUAGUUCUCUCCAGCCACAGGAGCUGUCAAAGAAAAUAAACUGAUAGUUCCCCUUUACUGGCCUUUUUUUGGAACACCGUUUGCCUUCACCUUCCUAAUGGCUGUUUCCCUUUAAAUAGGUUAGUGUACGUGCACGCUCUCGAAAUGUGAGUUUUAAAAUCUUAUCUCCGUCUCCCUGCACCGUAAAGUCUAGAAGCCUUGUUUUACAAUGCUCUAGGACAAUGGGAGCUUGAUACCUGAUGUUUAACUGGCUUUCUGCUGUUAAUCAUUAUAUGUCGGAGUUUGACCAACAGCCUUCCUUUCCUGCUUUAAAGAAGCUGCCACAGGAGGGAUUUUCACAUCAAUAAACCGCAAGAAUAAUUAAAAUAAUAUCUUUUUAAAGUGACCAGAACAUUUUUGAUUAAGAGAAAUAUCUCAAUGGAGCAUUAAAAAUACAUGACUUAUCCCACCAACCCAAGUAUUAGAGAUUGCUGUGCGUGGGAGAUGACAUUAUCAAACGUCUUGUCGCCUCCUACUCCAUAAAUGUAUUUUUUUUUAUUAUUUUUUUAAAUCACCCUUUGUCUUCUGAUCAAACUUCACUGCCCAUUCUUUUAGGUCUGCUCAAUAAACAAAUUGUAGCAAACUGAAAUCUAAAUGACAAAUUUCAGGCAGAAAUAGUCCAACGUGACUAUUUUAGUCUACAUUUUACCAUUCAGAUUAUGUUUCUCGGAAAUUAUAAAUCUAACUAUACCUUUUUCUAUAUAGAUAUGUAUGUUUCUCAUGUAUUUACUUAUUUUUUACAUUUGGAGGGACACUUUUUAUUUUUUUUUUUCUCCUGUAUUCCUUUUCCUCAACAUUUGUCACAAACACGCUGUCUUCAGGGUUUUAACAGGCUGAAUGCACCCCUUGUUUUAAAUUGGUGCUAGAAUUAAAACGGGGAUUCCUAUCUGGCAAUACAUUUAUAAGAUGUAUGUAUGUCCAUCUAGUAAUGAUUCCGAACACGUCUAAGCCACUAAUGAAAGUGUGUGUGUGUAUAUAUAUAUGCCUUAAAAAUCUUUCUCUCAUUGAAGAGUGCAUUGGUCUAAAGUUUGGGAACCAGUGGUUAUAGGUGUCACAAGACCUUUGACAAAUGUCACAAUUGUUAAAGGAUCACUAUAGGGUCAGGAACACAAACCUGUAUUCCUGACCCUAUAGUGUUAAAACCACCAUCUAGCCCCCCCUGGGCUCCUCAUGCCUCCCUAAAAAUAGUAAAAUCUUACUGUAUUCAAGCCUGAAGCAAUAGAUCUGCAUGCUGUUAGACUCCGAAAAACAAGCUGUCUGCUGACAUCAGCAGAAGUGGUGGCCUGAUCCAAUCACAGUGCUUCCCCAUAGGAUUGGCUGAGACUGACAAAGAGGCAGAUCAGGGGCAGAGCCAGCAUGAUUCAAACACAGCCCUGGCCAAUCAGCAUCUCCUCAUAGAGAUGAAUUGAAUCAAUGAAUCUCUAUGAGGAAAGUUCAGUGUCUACAUGCAGAGGGAGGAGAUACUGAAUGUUUGGAUGCAUUUUAGGCAGCCAUGACCCAGGAAGGAUCUCUAACAGCCAUCUAAGGAGUGGCCGGUGAAGUUAUCACUAGGCUGUAAUGUAAAGACUGCAUUUUCUCUGAAAAUACAGUGUUUACAGCAAAAAGCCUGAAGGUAAUGAUUCUACUCACCAGAACAAAUUAAAUAAGUUGUAGUUGUUCUGGUGACUGUAGUGUCCCUUUAUAUAAACUUUACUGAUUUAAAAGGGAAAGUGUGUGAGCUUGCCCUCCUCUCUGAAAGCAAUAUGGGCCCAAAUUAGCUGGUAAUGUCUCAUUAUUUUUUUUAUUUAUUUUUUAAUUAGGAGAUGCAUCCUUUUUUUUUUUUUUGGUAUUAACUUUAUUAUUGUGAUCCCUGCAUUGCUUAUGUUAUGCCAGGGCUUCACAAUUUUGCUUUGAAUCUAGGAGCCAGCAAAAACAAUUUAUGAGCCAGGUUUUUCAAUGUCAAAAAUACAAUUCUUAAAGGGACACUAUAUAGUCACCAGAACCACUACAGCUUAAUGUCUAUAACCUUUCCCUCCACACUUUUCUAUGUAAACCCUGCCUUUUCACAGAAAAGGCAGUAUUUACAUUGUUGCCUAGUAACACAUCUAGUGAGUCACUCAGCCUCUAGAGUGCAUCCUGGGUCAGUGCUGCACAGUACACAGCACCUGCGUUUAGCGUCUGCAUGGAGGCGCUGAAUGUUUCCCAUAGAGAUGCAUUCAUUCAAUUCAUUUCUUAGAGGAGAUGCUGAAUGGCGCAGUAUGGUGUUUUGCCACACAUGCACAAUAGUUGACCUGGCGCCUGGGAUUUGUCGAGCCCUGCGUUAUGCACUCUAGGGCCUAUAGAGGCAUGAUAACACUGGGACGCAGGGCUGUUCCAAGUUGUUUAUUUUGUGGUACUCCUGUUUGAGUGUGCUCACGGUUAGGGCUUUGCUGCUGGGCUUGAGGGCGCUCCCUGUAGAUGCCUUAAUUGGGCUGACUCUUGCGCCAGUUUUCGCGCGUGUGCACUUGUACAUGUAGUAAGCAUGCGUGGGUGCUCUGACAGUCGGCAAUGCUGGACGUUACAUCCAUUUUUCUUUUUUUUUUUUUGUCAUAUAGGAUCUUAUAGGGAGGGAGCUGGGACAGGGCUUUCCUAUGCAGAAUUUUAAUAAGCCCAUAUGUGAUUUGGGGAUUUUUCCAUCCAUUUAUUCUGAGUUUCUGUUAUUGUUAUUUUAUUAUUUUUCACUUGUUGACAUCCAUGGUCAUGUGAUCAUUGAUGGGUGAUGCUGAUUGAAUUGAGGUAUAUCAUGUGAUCAUUGAUGGGUGAUGCUGAUUGAAUUGAGGUAUAUCAUGUGAUCAUUGAUGGGUGAUGCUGAUUGAAUUGAGGUAUAUCAUGUGAUCAUUGAUGGGUGAUGCUGAUUGAAUUGAGGUAUAUCAUGUGAUCAUUGAUGGGUGAUUGAAUUGAGGUAUAUCAUGUGAUCAUUGAUGGGCGAUGCUGAUUGAAUUGAGGUAUAUCAUGUGAUCAUUGAUGGGCGAUGCUGAUUGAGUUGAGGUAUAUCAUGUGAUCAUUGAUGGGCGAUGCUGAUUGAAUUGAGGUAUAUCAUGUGAUCAUUGAUGGGCGAUGCUGAUUGAAUUGUGGUAUAUCGUGUGAUUAUUGAUGGGCGAUGCUGAUUGAAUUGAGGUAUAUCAUGUGAUCAUUGAUGGGUGAUGAUUGAAUUGAGGUAUAUCAUGUGAUCAUUGAUGGGUGAUGCUGAUUGAAUUGUGGUAUAUCAUGUGAUCAUUGAUGGGUGAUGCUGAUUGAAUUGAGGUAUAUCAUGUGAUCAUUGGGUGAUGCUGAUUGAAUUGUGAGAUAUCAUGUGAUCAUUGAUGGGCGAUGCUGAUUGAAUUGAGGUAUAUCAUGUGAUCAUUGAUGGGCGAUGCUGAUUGAAUUGAGGUAUAUCAUGUGAUCAUUGAUGGGCGAUGCUGAUUGAAUUGAGGUAUAUCAUGUGAUCAUUGAUGGGUGAUGCUGAUUGAAUUGUGAGAUAUCAUGUGAUCAUUGAUGGGUGAUGCUGAUUGAAUUGAGGUAUAUCAUGUGAUCAUUGGGUGAUGCUGAUUGAAUUGUGGUAUAUCAUGUGAUCAUUGAUGGGUGAUGCUGAUUGAAUUGAGGUAUAUCAUGUGAUCAUUGGGUGAUGCUGAUUGAAUUGUGAGAUAUCAUGUGAUCAUUGAUGGGUGAUGCUGAUUGAAUUGAGGUAUAUCAUGUGAUCAUUGGGUGAUGCUGAUUGAAUUGUGGUAUAUCAUGUGAUCAUUGAUGGGUGAUGCUGAUUGAAUUGAGGUAUAUCAUGUGAUCAUUGGGUGAUGCUGAUUGAAUUGUGGUAUAUCAUGUGAUCAUUGAUGGGUGAUGCUGAUUGAAUUGAGGUAUAUCAUGUGAUCAUUGAUGGGUGAUGCUGAUUGAAUUGAGGUAUAUCAUGUGAUCAUUGAUGGGUGAUGCUGAUUGAAUUGAGGUAUAUCAUGUGAUCAUUGAUGGGCGAUGCUGAUUGAAUUGUGGUAUAUCGUGUGAUUAUUGAUGGGCGAUGCUGAUUGAAUUGAGGUAUAUCAUGUGAUCAUUGAUGGGUGAUGAUUGAAUUGAGGUAUAUCAUGUGAUCAUUGAUGGGUGAUGCUGAUUGAAUUGUGGUAUAUCAUGUGAUCAUUGAUGGGUGAUGCUGAUUGAAUUGAGGUAUAUCAUGUGAUCAUUGAUGGGCGAUGCUGAUUGAAUUGAGGUAUAUCAUGUGAUCAUUGAUGGGCGAUGCUGAUUGAAUUGAGGUAUAUCAUGUGAUCAUUGAUGGGCGAUGCUGAUUGAAUUGAGGUAUAUCAUGUGAUGGGCGAUGCUGAUUGAAUUGAGGUAUAUCAUGUGAUCAUUGAUGGGUGAUGCUGAUUGAAUUGAGGUAUAUCAUGUGAUCAUUGAUGGGUGAUGAUUGAAUUGAGGUAUAUCAUGUGAUCAUUGAUGGGUGAUGCUGAUUGAAUUGUGGUAUAUCAUGUGAUCAUUGAUGGGUGAUGCUGAUUGAAUUGAGGUAUAUCAUGUGAUCAUUGAUGGUGAUGCUGAUUGAAUUGAGGUAUAUCAUGUGAUCAUUGAUGGGUGAUGCUGAUUGAAUUGAGGUAUAUCAUGUGAUCAUUGAUGGGUGAUGCUGAUUGAAUUGAGGUAUAUCAUGUGAUCAUUGAUGGGUGAUGCUGAUUGAAUUGAGGUAUAUCAUGUGAUCAUUGAUGGGUGAUGCUGAUUGAAUUGAGGUAUAUCAUGUGAUCAUUGAUGGGGGAUGCUGAUUGAAUUGAGGUAUAUCAUUAAUUUCAGGGGUUUAUACAGAGUAACCUUAUUCCCUGGAUUUCCAUGCUCCCUUGACAGACAAUUUUGUUGAAACGUUAGGAUUUGUUCUAUUUUGCUCUGGUCCCUUGCCUCUCACACUGUUUUCUUGUGUUAUCUGCUCUUUGUUUUGGUAUGUAUUUAGACGGUUUUUGAACACCUGUGUACAUUUUUGUGAUUAUUUUUGAUUGUUUUUGGUGCUUCUUUCUUUAGGUUUUUGUGUUCGUUGUAUAUAGGUUAUGACUUUAAUUUAUGUAUAUCGUAUUACCCUUGUUCAUUUAUCCAGUCAGCGACAUGCAAAUAUGUGCAUGAACCCCUUAAGGACACAUGACGUGUGACAUGUCAUGAUUCCCUUUUAUUCCAGAAGUUUGGUCCUUAAGGGGUUAAGGGUAAACAAAACCUUGAAUUUGCGCUAUAUGUCUGUUCAGGCGUAAUUCACCUCUUUCAUGUUACCGUAUAUACUCGAGUAUAAGUCGACCCGAAUAUAAGCCGAGGCCCCCUUUUUACCCCCCAAAACUUGGAAAACUUAUUGACUUGAGUAUAAGCCUAGGGUGGGAAAUGCAGCAGCUACUGGUGAAUUUCUAAAUUAUAUUAGAUCCCAAUAAAAUUACAUUCAUUAAAUGUGUGUGUGUGUAAACUGGGUGGGGGGAGGGCAUUUUUAUUUUAAUAUUGUUAAUAUUUUUUUAUUUUAAUAUAUUUUUUAUUUUUUUUAAUAUAUUUUUUUUGUCCCCACUCCCUGCUUGAUACCUGGCCAGGGAGGGGGGUGCUAUAUUAUUCCCUGGUGGUCCAGUGGCAUGGGCUUUGCAGGAGGGAGGCUGGGCAUCCUGAAAGUGAGAGUCCACAGAAACUAGAAUAUGGAGGUGUGCUACUGAACUACUAUUCCACACAGCAUGUGGAAUACAGCCAGAAUAGCUCUGACAGCUAUUGCCCAUUGCUGAGUUAAUCUGCUAUAAAUUAUAUUACUAAACUAAUUAAUACUACUAGUUGUAUUUAGUUUGAGUGAAGAUAAAACACACUGAACUGGAAGUGGCAGGAGGGGGGCUGGGAGCAAGCUGUUACUUACCUUUGCAGCCGCUCCGUUCAGCUCCCUUCUCUUCCAUUCCGGUCAGCUCACUGUGUAAAUCUUUCGGCCUGCGUGCCGCUCGGAGCGUUGCCACGGUAACCCGUGGCAACGCUCUGACGGCCGCGGGUCUCGCAAGAUAUACACAGUGAGCUUACCGGAACAGAGGAGCUGAACGGAGCGGCUGUAAAGGUAAGUAACAGCUUGCUCCCGGUCCCCAACAGGACCGCCUGGCUUGUAAUGAGCCCAGCGGUCCUGGUCUGUAAUAUGGCAAUGUAAGUUGCCGUAAUACAGACAGUGACUCGAGUAUAAGCCGAGGGGGACUUUUUCAGCACAAAAAUGUGCUGAAAAACUCUGCCUAUACUCGAGUAUAUACGGUAUGUGCACCUACACUUAUUAUAUAUCAUUUUAUUCAGGGGAAACGGCUUUCAUGUCACAUCAAAUAUUUAGGUAUGAAACAUAAUUUAAUAUGAAUAAAAUGGGAGAAAAUAAGAAUUUAAAAUUUUUUUUUAGUUCUACGUGAAAUUUUAACUGUGAAUGUCAUCAUGCUGUUUGCUUUUACUGCAAUAAAAUACACAUAUUUGUAUUCAGCGAUGUCUCACGUGUAAAACAGUACCCCCUAUGUACAGGUUCUAUGGUGUUUUGGGAAGUUACAGAGACAAAAAUAGCAGGUUACAGUUUCCAGUUUUUUUCCAUUGAAAUUCGCCAGAUUGAUUACGUUCCCUUUGAGACCGUAUGGAAGCCCAGGAAUAAGAAUUACCCCCAUGAUGGCAUACCAUUAGCAAUAGUAGAGAAUCAAAGGUUUUGCAAAUGGGGUAUGUCCAGUCUUUUUGAGUAGCCACUAAGUCACAAACACUGGCCAAAGUUAGUGUUAAUAUUUGUUUGUGUGUGAAAAAUGCAAAAAACUUAUUUGAAUGCCAAUUUUGACCAGUGUUUGUGACUAAGUGGCUACUAAAAAAGACUUGAACAUACCCAAUUUGCAAUACCUUGGGUUGUCUACUAUUGCAAAUGGUAUGCCAUCAUGGGGGUAAUUUUCAUUCCUGGGCUACCAUACAGUCUCAAAGGCAAUGUAACAAACCUGGCAAAUUUCAGUGUAAAAAAACGGAAGCCUAUUUGACUCUGUAACUUUUGAAAACGCCAUAAAACCUGUACAUGAGGUGUACUGUUAUACUCUGAAGAUUUCGCUGAACACUGAAAUGAAACACUGAUUAUAUCGUCCGUGUAAGUGCCAUUUGUGUGUAAAAAAAUGUCACUUUCACUGACGAUAUCAUCAUUGUAAUACAUUUCACUGUUUUGAAACACUAAUAUUUGUCUUUAGCGAAGUCUUCCGCGUAAAACAGUACCCCCUAUGUACAGGUUUUGUGGUGUCUUGGAAAAUUACAGGGUUAGAUAUAGUGCUAGCAAAUUAAAUUCCCUGGGCUUUUGGCCUGGGUUGUCAGGCAGGUCCUGCAAAUUGUAAUUAAUAAAAUGACCGAAUUAUGUUAAAUUAUUACAUAACUAUAGACUUAGAAUUAUUAUUUAUAUAUAAUAUAUGUGUGUGUAUAUAUAAUUUUUUAAAUUAUUUUUAUUCAUAUAUAGUGAUGUAUAUAGAUAUAUAUUUAAUUCUACGUGUAUUUUGAUAUCAAUUUAUAUAUUUUAAAAUACAGUUAGAACAAAAUUACACAUAUAUGAUUUAUUUAUUUUUUACUGUAUUUACAUAUUUUUAAAUAUUAUAUAUAAAUAUAAUAUAUUCAAUAUCAUUCUACGUGUAUUUUGAUAUUUAUAUAUACUUAGACUGUGUGUGUGUGUUACUUUUUAUGGGGUGUGCUGCCAUUCAUUCUGUCCAUCUUUAUCAUGGACGUGGGCAAUUUUUAACCUGAUAUGUGAUGGUGCAGAGAACCUGGGAUGGUAAAUGGUAAGACCUUAAUGUACAUCAAACAUUCCACAAGUUCGCUGCUUAAACAUUCCUAUGGUACACUAGCAGUUAAGAAUUAUGUAUGCAUGUUGCUCUGUUGACUGCAAAAAGUUAGUCAUGACUGGUAUAGUAAUUUUACAUGUUGUUAGAAUUGGAGUUCUUGACUUUAAUUUCUAUUUUUUGUCCUCCAUAGGAAACAGAGGUUCCUCCAAAGGCAAAGUCAAGCAGUUCUUCUUCCUCCUCCUCUUCAUCGUCAUCAUCCUCUUCGUCCUCUUCAUCUUCCGAUGACGACAGCGAUACUGAAACGCAUCGUGGUCCAAGACCGAGAGAAUCACACCCAGUGCCGCAGAAGAAGGCACAAGCCGUGGUGGCCAGGCCAGAGCUGAAGGACCAAGUGCGUAAAAAGCGAGGAAGGAAACCAUUGCCUCCUGAGCAGAAGGCACCCAGAAGAGCAAAAGGGCUGAAACCUGGACCUAAACCAGGCAAACCACCAGGGAACAGUACCCAGGGAUUCACUGCCCUCAAAACCCUUUCCAAAGAUGCACCAGUUUCGAGCAACAACCGGCCAGGUGGUCUGUCUGCAGAGCUACUCUCCAGCAUUGCCAAGAACUCUCCCAGUCAACCAAAUGGGAGCUCACCCAGAAGCCUUAGUUGGCAAAGCUCCAUCGUUCAUUACAUGAACCGUAUAACUCAGAGCAACUCACAGCCCGGCAGAAGACCAGUCAGCUCCCCUUUUGGUGCAAAGAGGACCUGCCCAGACCCCAAAAACACUUCAAAAGUAAGGGCAGAUGAUGACACUGCCCCUAGCAAAGCCCCUAAUAUCCAAGACUCAGAGGAACAGACUCGUCCAAACACUGGGAGUCAACCUGUGUCUGGAGGGGUGUCAGCCAGCAGAGAGAGCACCAGUCAGACGGUACCUGCCCAAAGUAAGAAUCCAGCCACAACAGCCUCGUCAGCAUUCAGUGGGAACCAAGAAGUAAACCAUCCUUCAAAAAAUAAUGCUCCAUCCUCUCUCGGGGCGGCUGCUGGAUGUAAAGCAGAUAAGGUGGUGCGGAAGACAGGUGGAGCAGGCACAGUCAGCUCACCGGCUGCAGGACCCCCAGCCCGCAUUUCUACUGUUGAGAAAUCUCAGCAGGUGGAAGGGCACAGACAGCUGGCAGAGCUAAGCACUGGAGACGACAGCAGUUUGGAUUCUGACCAUGACUCCUCUCUCUCCAGCCAGGACAUGUCUGUACAAGCCAGCCAGGACUGGAAACCAGCCCGCAGCUUACUGGAGCACGUCUUCGUGACCGACGUCACUGCCAACCUUAUCACAGUCACGGUCAAAGAGUCUCCUACCAGUGUUGGCUUCUUCAACAUGAGGCACUUCUGAAAUCAAGGGAUGUAGGACCAAUACUCCACACAAUACACCUCAGCAAAGACUUUUCCUGUACAGGGUUCUUCGCAUGCUUCCUCAGUCUAAUUGUAGCGAGAUCAUCAGGAUUCUGCCUGUUAUACCUUUGACUGCCUUUAUUUUUUUAUUUAAUUUUUUCCAGGGAUCUGUCACUAUAUAAAAUCUUCAUCUCAUUUUUGCAUUCCAUGCAAGGUGGCUUGCAUUGCAUCGGACAAAUACCAAAACGUGUGUUUAUCAUUUCGAUUAAGCUUUCUCCAUGUCUUUUGAGAAACUCGUACCAUAAUUAGCUGGUUUGUCGCUACUGAGCAGAUUUAAAAAGUGUGCUACUUACUCAGACUGAUGGAGUGUGUCAUAUAUCCUAGAAGCCCUUUUGGUGUUUUUGCCCCGGUAGAUGUUUUGGGGGUGUCCAGCCACGUAGGGCAACUAACACAUAACAUGCUUGCUGGGGGGGAGGCGGGUGGUGAUAGUUUGAGAAACUGUUUAUUAAACAUAUUUACUGUUUAAGCCUUAAAUACUGGAAGAUGGGCAAUUUACUUGCGCAUCCAGCACCUCAAUGGUGCAGCCUGUUAAUGAAGAAUUAGCAAUAUCUUGCUAUGUUUUUUUUUCUUUUCUUUUUUUGUGUGUGUGUUUUUUUUUUUUGUUAGAGACCAUUUGGCAUUACCGCCAGUAAAUCGUGUAAGCAUAUUUUAGUUUAUCUCCGUACAAGUCAUGAAAAAUCGCUGGUGAUGUUUGAAGUGACUAGGAAGCCAUCGUUAAGACCAUUUCUGUCUCUGGUCAAACUCUGCCUUUUCCCUCCCGCAGACGUAGCCUGCCUUUGGAAAGCUUCUGAUCUGUACUGUGCAGGGAAGCUGUGUGACCGUGCCUCUACUUCCUAUUGGCAGCUACAACAUUAUAGUGUUAGACAGUCCAUAAAUUGACAAUUCCUCCGUAGUUGAAUUCAGAACCAUUGUGCAAUAGAUUUACUUGUAUUAUAUAGUAUUUCAUUACGACUUGUGCUCUUACCCCAUAACUCUGUGCCUUUAAAACUUCCUGUAGGGAGCUCAGCUUUCUAACAUCCAUAUAAACCCCUAUGUGAUCUGGUGGCCCACGCUUUACUUAUGGUAUUCUAAAGGGCGUUAUUGAUUUAGUGGAGAAGAGCUUUUACAUGAGAGAGUGAUUGGUGUACCAAAUCAUUGGACACUGGUAAUGGCUGCAGGAGACAAAUUCAUGGCCGCAUCUUGCAUCCAAAUCUUACAAAGCAAUAAGAAACAUUGAUUUAUUUUUUAUUUCACCAUCUGCAGCCAAGUGCCUUAUAGCUCUAGAUAGGUAGCUGCAUGAGGCAUUUUUCCGGCCCUUUAAUGACUUUUUCUAGCCAGUCUGGUAUUGCGUGGCCCCUUUAAGGAGAUGCUUAUCUCUGCACAAUGAAUAUUAAGUGGCCUUUUUACUUUUUUUAUAAUGGUGAUAGAAGCCUUACUGUACUGGGUUACAUGUAACAACUUUAUUCUUUUUGUAAUUUUCCAAGUUUACCUAAUGCACCGUGGCUAGCCAUGUAUUCCUGUUUUCUUGCCGGUGAUAUGCCUAGAGCAGGUAGGGGUUUUCUUUAGUAAAUGCCGUUAUUUAUAUACGUACGGUUUGUGCUUGCUGUUGUACAACCAGUUAACUUGUUCUCUGCCGCUGUUUCCUGUUACCUGGUGACCCAACUUGACUGGAAACGUUCUGUAUUUAGAAAUAGCAGCAGAGAGUAUGAUUUAGCUCCUCUACAGCAAAACAUCAGAAAGAAAAGAGCAGAAACUGCUCAUUUGAUUUCAGUUAUAGCGUGCAUGUAAAUCAAUGCUACUUGCCUUGCUUAAAGCAGCUCUGUCACCUUCUGACGACCUCCAUGCUUGCUGCGUGGUGUCCCUUGCGUGAUGAUGUCUAUGGUCUUCAGUUCCUGUCACUACAUCCGCCGGAUGCUCACGUCAGCUAUACAUUUGUACACGCGUGAGAGUACAACACUGUCAAUGGUGGAUUCAUAAAUAGUCUCUCGCAUACUGACAGAAUGGGAACACGGUCGCUCCGGUCCUUGUUACGUUUAGUCAACUUGACGAUUUAACAUAAGACAAAGUAGUUCCUGCUUUGUCUAAUGAUCUUUUAACUGCGUUGGAAGCUCAGUGGAAUUCCUACAGUUUUUAAGAACAUUUUUUUUUUUUUUCUCUAUGAAAUGCUCAUUUUUCGUGGGGAUGUGACAGACUGGCUUUAAUAAACGUAAUGGUUGCUGUCCGUGUGUUGCAUAAAACAAAAUGUAAAAUGUUUUGUAAUUGGCCCUGCCUCCAACUUCAUUACCAGCAGUAAGUGGAGUGCUGCUCAUUGUAUCCCUUCCUGAUAUUAUGAGCAGCAGUCUUGGGGAGCUUGUUGUAAGGCCUUACAGAACUAAUCAACAUUCCGCCUGUAGGGUGUUUAAUUGGUUACGAUGUUAAAGGGCUGGUUUGUAGGCAAACCAGACUGUUGGGAGAGUUUAUUCCAAUAUGUUAAAGUCUUGUUUACUCUCCCAACUUUUUUUUUUUUUUCUCCUCUACAAUCGCCUCACACAAUUCAAUGCAGACUUUUUUUUUUAUUUUUUAUUAUAUAUAUAUAUUUUUAUUUUUGUAAAAUUCUCACAGGAGACAAUCUAUGUAAAAGUGGUCAUGGAAGUUUCACCAUGCUAAAACUAAUCCUAUUGUAUAGCUUUAAGAGUUGGCAGGCUGGUAAAGUUGCCACUGGUCGAGAUCUUGGAUUUCGUGAUUCUCACCUUCAUUUUCCUAUUGUGUUUCUGUAACAUUACAUAAUCGGUAACAAACGGUUAUCGGUUACCUGUUCACUUGUACCCGUGACUUACCCAAGUAUUCUCUGUAUCGGGUGACAUUACAUUUUUCCUUGAAUUUACCUAAUUGACUGCAUUUUUGGCCUUGAAAUGCAGUAUCUUGAGACAUUUCAUCUCUGAAUCAGAAGUGUUAGGAAUCACAGCGACACCUCUUCCUCAGUUAGAUAAAAAUACUAUUUUUUUUUUCAUUUUGUUACUUUUGUAAAAGUCUGAGGCUGGUUCUGAUCUCACAUAAAGGGUUUGUGACAUCGUGCAGCUAUUAGUCAUUUUAUCCUGUAUUUGUGUUAUUUUGGUUUCGUAAAAAAUAUAUAUUUUAAUACCUUUUUCUUUGCGGUUUUAAUAUAAUGCUUCUAGAUAUUUAGUUCGCUUUUAAUUUAUUUGCAUAAAACACUAGGGAAACUUCCUUGUAAACAGAGUUUUGUACACGGAUUUUUUUUUUUUUAAUGUAGAA